AUGGGGUUGCGAGGCCCAAAGCUGUAUGUGAUGGCACGCUUGUCCAAGCUCAAUUUGAUACGCGCCUCGGAUGAUCUUGGCAUGCUUCCUAUACUGGUUUCAAGGAUCGCACAAAUACAGGCGUAUGCACUUGAGACCGCUGCCAAGGUUCAGCAAGUUUGUGAAUGGACCAGGAAUAACCACUCUCUGAAACCAUCGCAUCUGCCCUCGAGUUACAACAAUGGCUCGACACGACCUCAUAUUCGUUGA